UGUGCUUUAAGAAUUUAGAAUGAACAAAUCAUCUCAGCAAAUAUAAAGGACGUAAACGAUUUUUAAUGAUAUUUAAAAAGGUGUACGAAGACUAAUUUCCAUGUCUAAAAAUUUCUAACAAAUACAAUUCUUUUUUGAUGUAGAUGAGUAGUAACUACAAACAGGAGGACGAAAAAAAAAAACAAAAAAAAACUUACAAAUGCAGUUGCACUUUUUGGUUUAUUUGAUUUGGCCAAGCAGAAGCUCACAUGUAAGAGAACCUGGUAUAAAGGGAGUAAAAUUAUGAGAGUACAAAUAUAAAAUACUUAUGUAGGCCCCUGUUUCAGUACAUGUAUGCCACGGCCUACUUCAUAACACGUGACUAACUGACAUGUUCCACUGUGGUGAAGAGAAAUAAAAUGACUGACAGUGAGGCACAAGAAACAAAGGUUUAAUUACUGGAGCAUUGGUGUCAUAGCCGUGACUGUGAGAACACAAACACCCAAAGACUUCGGUGGCUUCACCACCUACCUCCUACUUAUUUACUGACCACAGACCACCACCAUUUCUCUACAUCAGCUCAUGAAGCAGUUAAGAUGAUGCAGGUGAAAACCACAGGGUCGCCUUCUGUGUUUUAUAAAGGCCACAUGAAGCCCUCAAAGAAGACAAAGUCAUGCUUGCUUGCAUGAUGCACGGUCUUUUCACACUUCUGCUCGUUCAUCUUCUGGCGUCGCUCUGCCAAUAUGCACAUGGGAGUGAGAUCAUCCAUGGGAGAAAAGUCCCAGAUGGCAAGAUGCCGUACAUGGUCUCAUUGCAGAACAACAACAAUGCACACGUAUGUGGAGGAUUCCUCAUCAGUGAAGAAUUUGUGUUGACUGCUGCACAUUGUGACAAAGCCACACAUGUGGUUCUUGGGACUCACAAUCUAAAGAAGGUUGAUAAUAACACAAGGAAGCAGAUUGUGAUGAAGUGCCAGUAUCCAUCUUAUGAAAGCCCUAAAUUUGGACAUGACAUCAUGCUUCUCAAACUAUCCCAAAAAGCUUCUCUGAACAAGAAAGUAAAACUAAUUAAACUUUCAGGAAACCAAAAACUAAAGGACAACCAAAAUUGCAGUGUGGCUGGAUGGGGUUUUACAGUAUCUGGUGGUAAAGUUGUGAGUGAGCUGCAAGAGGUGGAUAUAAGACAAAAUCAGGAUUCUGCCAGGGUGACUCUGGUGGGCCUCUGGUAUGUGGUGGGAUGGCUGUUGGAAUUGUGUCUUUCAACUUGAAGGGCAACUGCCAAUACCCGAAUCUACCCAACAUCUAUACAGACAUAAAAAAGUAUGUGCCCUGGAUCAAAAAAACUCUGAAGAAAAAGCAGUGUGUGUGAAUGUCACAGUAAUGACUUGGCACCCUGCAUUUAGACUGUGAGCUGUGUUCUCUUUUCUACUGAACUUGAAUAGUGUCACCUACUUACAAAAUAGAGAUGACGUAGAUAGAAACCACAGUUUCCCUUACUAAGCAAAGUAAAGCUGGAGUCAUGCAGAGUUUUCUGAUGCUGUUUCUAUUCUAUCCUCUCAGUGUUACUGUAGCUUUUGCCAAAAUGAUGAAUAAAAGCUUAUUUUGAAA